AUGGCCCGCGAAACCCCAACGUCCUCCAUCGCCGGCGACUCCAAGCCCCUCCCCAAACGCCCCGGCACCUCGGGCACGGAAAACCUCCUCCGGACGAACCGCCGCCAGGCCUCGGACAACUACCAGCGCGCCCAGCGUGCCGAGCGAGCCUACCGCGCAAAGAAACGAGCCACCGCCGCUCGCGCCGACCUCUCGGACGCCAAAUCGCACUACGCCGAGUGCUUCAAGCACCUCAGCCGCGGCCUCGCCGUCACCUUCAGCGCCGUCAAAUCGCUCCCCUACGUCUUUGACGAGCGCCAGGAGGCGAGCCGCCAAAAGGCAGAGGCCAAGAAGAAGCAGCGCGCCCUCGAGAAGAAGAAGAAGCUCGAGGAGAAGCUCGCGAGGGAGAACGCCCAGGCCGAUGGUGCUGAGGGGGAUGCCCCCGCGGACGGCGAUGCCCCUGCUGCUGAGGAGGAGACGCCCGCUGCUUGA